GAAAACCACAUCUUCAUUUACCCUUCCAUCUCCCAACAACUACCAACCAAAUCAUUUACUUCCCACUCAUAAAAUCUCACUAUAACAUCCCAUUUUUCUUACUCUUACCAUCUCACUCGCCCAAAAUCACUUUUACUCCAAAAAAAUCACUUUUACUCCAAAUCAAUUAAACCCUCAAACAACCUUCAUAUCAAAAUCAAUGUCUCCUCCAAGAAGAGUAAAGGGAAAGGGAAAAGAUGACGAUGAUCAUCAAUCCACCAAGUCUGGCCCAUUGAACCUUGGAAGUUUGAUUCGAUCCUCUAAAGAGAAGAGGUCGCUACUUGCUUUCAGGAACAAAACUCUGACAACCCCUAAGUAUGAUUUGAAAGGAGAGGCUAAGGUAAAAAUGACUUCAAGGAAACAUGAAAUCAAUGUUGGGGUUGCCAAUAAGAAUAUAGGAAUUUUCAAGGAUAAAGACGUAAUUUUAAGCAUAGGGAAACCACUUCUUCAACGGAUCCUAUACUUGAAGAUGUCAUCACUAAUGAAGUUCUCUACAACAAGAUGUGCAACAUUAAGAACCUAGUCACAACCGGCUUUCGUGACAUUUUCCUUGAGAUAGCCGAAUUAAACAAUACCAAAAUCAUGACCAAGAAGAAAGUGACGAAGAAUCGGAGGAAGAAAGUGACUAAAGCCUCUAAUUGUGUUUUCCUUGUGUAUUUUAUAAUUCCUAGUCAUGUCUAAGUAGUAUGCUAUUGUCAUUUCUCUAUUCAUUUUUGUUAUUGUUUAAGUCAUGUUCCAUGUUAUGUUUUACUAUGUAACUUUAAGACAUUUAUCAUGUUGUGACCUAUAUGGUUGAAUUUGUUAUGCAAUUCUGUGUUAUUU